UUUGUUUACAAAAGCGUAUGAAGGGGAGGUGUCGUGUAAAUUAUCCGGAAUCCAGACGAUUAUUUCUGGCUUAAAUAAUCUUAAAAUACGACCUACUUUCAGUUUCCACCGAGACAAUGGGAACAGGUCGGUCCCGCCCACACUCUCGAUCCCAGCUUGCUGGGAAUGAAACCAGCAACAUUGAUAAUUGCGGAUCAUACCGAGGCCGAGGUACAGACCUGAACAGAUCAGAGUCCGGCAGCAUGGAUGAGCAACUAGAAUACAAGGAGAAAGGCAGCAUGGAGUCAGAGAGGAAGGGUGAGACUGAGAGAGAGAAAAGGGAGAGUACGUACAGCGGAACUGCACUGGAAAGUGGAAAGGCUGUGGUAGGAGAGGACAAUAUGUCGGAGGAGAGCAGAGUUGUAGGGGAGGGCGAUAAGUCGGAGGAAUACAGAGUUCCAGGGACGGGACACAGUUCCUUGGACGCAGAAAGGACCCUUGAAGAUGCCUCAAAGGCACAUGAACCCAAGGAUGAUGCAGUAGGACCAAGGGGAGAUGCAGGAGAGACCAGACAUGAGAAUGAUGAUAUCGGAAUAGAAGAAGAAAAGAAUGAUGAUGAAAUGGAUUCGAAGGUGGAGGCUAGUGAGAAAGAGGCAAGUACUCCGGAAGAGAAGGAAAAGGACGAAGAUUUAUUCUCUAGAGAGAAAGAGGAUUCUGAAAUUAAGGAGAGGGAUAAUAAUGCCCCUGCCAAGCAGACUGGUGGAAUGAGUCAUGGCGCAAAGGUCUCUCAUGGUGCAAGCACUCAGCCUCCAACAAAAGCUAUCUGUGACCCUGCCAAAUUUCCAUGGCCCACCAAUGCGACCACCAUCAGCGAGGUGGUCGAUGAUGUCUGGAGCGAGAUCGACGACCAGUGCCAGCUGUACCCGUUGUCUCACAUCAAUCUGACCCAGUCUCUGACCGGGUGGAAGGUCGUUCGGCUUUUCGUGUCGUCCACCUUUCACGACUUUCAGAACGAGAGAGAAAUUCUGGUGAAGAAGGUGUUUCCCGAGCUCAAAGAGUGGUGCGAGAAGCGACAUAUCCACUUUAUCGAGUGCGACUUGAGAUGGGGUGUGCCCCGGGACUCCACAACCAGGACGGUUCUCUGCACUUGUAUGGAGGAAAUCGACAGAUGCCACGAGGAUACGGAGGGAGAACCGUUCUUUCUUAACAUGCUCGGCGACAGAUACGGCUGGGUUCCUACCAAAGAUGACGUCCCCGAGGACAUUGCCAAGAAGUACGAGUGGGUCGGCAACAGCUCUAUCACCCACAUGGAGAUCCUGCACGGGGCCUACCGAUUCUGCAACCGCAAUGCCGCGUUUUUCCUGCGAGAGGUGGAGGAUAUGCCGGAUGACGUGAGGGCAAAGUUCGCCGACCCCACAGAUCUCGGCCUUCGACAGAUUGAUAGAUUGAGGAAGAAGUUGGCCUCAAGGUUUCCGGAUCAAGCACAAACUUACACCUGUCAAUAUGACCCAACAGAGACAAGCUCUAUUAAGCUUGUAGGAUUGGAGAAAUUUGGGCAGGGCGUCUUGGAUUACUUCAAGAUGGCCAUCGACCGGAAAUAUCCUAAAGAUGCUGCGGAGCUCACAGCAGAACAACAAGAGAAUGAUCGACAGACUCUGUUCCUAGGUCACAAGGGUCAGUUGAUCUACGGCAGGGAAAGGGAGGUCAAGUACUUACAGGACUAUGUGACUGGUGCAGGAGACUACUCCUCCCAAAGCUUGGCUGAGCAAUGGCAGGAAAGAUUCUAUCCCGAGAAAAGUGAAGAAGCAGGAGAGAAGAAGGAUGAAGAAGGAAGUGGUGAGAAGAAGAAGGAUCACGAUGAAAGUGAAACGAAGGAGAAGAAUUCCCAUUCUCCCGUUGCCGUGGUAGCCCAGUCCGGCCAGGGGAAGUCGUCUUUGAUGGCAAGAUUCAUCGUAGAAGCUAAACAGGCUGGACUGAAUGUGUUCUUCCACCUUGUCGGGUGCAGUGGGGAAAGCCUCAGUCUGACUAAGAUGCUGGCUAGGUUGUGUCGCUAUUUGGCACCCUGUGAAGAUGAGAGAAUGUCUAACUUGAGGGAAAUGUCAACGGAGGAUGUUGUCAAGCUAAGUAGAACUCUUCUCAAGGAGUACACAGAGGAAGGCAAGCAGCUUCUCAUCGCCAUCGAUGACCUAACUCAGCUAGAACUCGAUGAUGCUAACUGGUCGGACUGGAUUCCCGAUGCCCUAGAGGGCAAGGUCUAUAUGGUCUUCAGUCUCGUCUUGGAGGAGUACAAAAUGAAGGACAUUCAAGCCAAGGUACCCUCCAUUCAGUUCCUGGAGCUCGGUCAUCUUGACCAUUGUGCUCGGGUGACCAUUGUGGAGAACUACUUUGCCCAGUAUAAUAAGAAACUUGACGCAGAGCAGUUGGACAUCUUGACACGGUCUCCAGGAGCCGAAAACGCCCUCUGGCUGGCACUAGCCUGUGAGGAACUGAGGGUCUUUGGAGCAUUUGAAGCAUUGACAGCACUGGUCAGGGAUCUACCUGACAACCUGGAGGGAUUGGUGUGUGACAUCCUGCAUAGAUUGACCACGGAAGAUGAGACAGGGCUAGUGGAGAAGACUCUUUGCUACCUGGAGUGCUGCAUGAAAGGGUUGACAGAACAGGAGCUAGAGUGUCUCCUAGGGGACAUGGACACCAAGACGCCCAUCCCUAAGCUUCACCUGGCAAUGGUUCGGAGGACACUCAAGCCAUUCCUCAGGAAGAUCAGCGGUAUGUGCAAGGUGGAAUGCAUCACAUUCUUCCAUCAUGCCAUUGGAUUGGUUGUGAGGCAGAAGUGGCUGGCUGAUGCCGAUGAGCUGUCAAAGUACCACCUCUUCAUGGCAGACUACUACCUGAAUUGGUAUGAGCACAGCGAGGGCGUGGCAGCCAGGAAUGGUGCCUUCCAUCUUAGCAAGUCCAACGACAAGGGCCGCUUAGUGACCUUCCUCACCAAGGACAGACGCAGUCGAUUCCUAGGACCGGCCCUGAAAUCAUCUCACCUCAAGGCUUGCCGCUGUCGCACGAUGAUCAACGCGAAAGGACCCUUCCACACCCAACUCUUUCUCUGCGAUUUCUGUGGUCCGCAGCGUAAUGCCUAUGGCAACGAAGCCUGGUCCAACGCAGAGAGCUGUAUGCUGUGCGGCCAAUUUGUGCCACUGAUGUUCAGGAAAGAGAGCAAUAAAGCUUACAGAUGUCAGCGGCAUCCGAUGAAACGUCCUCACCUACCAAACGCCAAGACAUGCAUGCUGUGCAGUCGCAGCAUCAUGAAGGAAAAGGAGAAGCCAGUCUUCCUCUGCCAGUUCUGUCAAAUGGGUGGCUUUCCCACAUGCUGCAACCUGAAUACAGACAGGAUAUAAUGACAUCAAUGUCUUGGACCGUAUCUGGACACCAACCGCCUAGACAUCAACCCUAGAGGGUGGUUGCCCUAGGGGGUAGUUGUCCUAGGGGUCGUUAUCAGGGGGACGGAUGUCCAGGAUGUAGGUGUCUUAGUACUGUCUUGGACACCUAUCAUGAAGAGCCAGGAAAAGCCUGCCUUUCUCUCCCGGUUCUGUCAACUGGGAGGGUUCCCCACAUGCUGCAACCUGAAUACAGACAGGAGAUAAUGACACCAAUGUCUUGGACACCUAUCAUAAAGUGAUGGGAGAGGAAAAGCCUGCCUUUCUCUGCCGAUUCUGCUUAACUCAUAUCCUGCCAUAAGGCUGCGUGCACGCUACCGUUAUAGUGCUUUGUACACGCGAGCACGCUAUCGAUUGGCUGCUUAAAUCACGCGAGCAAGCCACAGCUUAGCUGCUUUAUGUAUGCAUGCUCGCAUUUGUAAUAGCAGUUAUUUUUCAUGCUCAUUGUACUGUGCUGAGUGCUUUGCACACACUAUUGAUCACAUCAUCAGAUUAUCUCAAAAUAAACUUGGCACAGGGGGAAUUUGUGGCUUGGCAUAAUGGGGAUUAGCCCUAUGGCACUGGGCUGUAUUCAUUAUGGCAGGAUAAGCGUUAAUGGGAGGGUUCCCCACAUGCAGCAACCUGAAUACAUACAGGAGAUAAUGACACCAAUGUCUUGGACACCUACCGUAAAGUGACGGGAGAAACAGCCUACGCCUGCCAGUUCUUUCAAAUGGGUGGCUUUCCUACAUGCAGCAACCCGUUUAUAGACAGGAUAUAAUGACACCAAUGUCCUCUCAAAUCGUCAACAUCCUAUUGUACUAUCGUUAAGGGACAAGAGAAACAGCCUACCUCUACCAGUUCUGCCAUUUGUGUUGGUUCUCUACGUUCUGCAACCUCAAUACAGACAGGAGAUUAUAAUGACACAAAUGUCUUUAAAUAGGGAACAUCGUCAUCCUUUUGAACCAUCAUAAAGGGACAAGGUAGACCAGCCUACCUUUGCCAGUGUUGCUGAAUGUUAGACCUCUCAAGGUGGGAUAAUGACACCAUCAUCCUGUAGAUGCUCUUGCACUUUUCAUCCCUUGGUUAAGGUGAUGGACCCCAACAGUUCUGCACUAGUUUGGCCAGGGGGGAUAAGACCUCCUUGCAAGGUCACUGACAGGUGGUUAUCUCAUCAAAUCAGCUCUCAAUUAACAUAAGAAAAAGAGGAUCAUGGGCGACCAACAGGCACUGAUUAGGCAUUGUUUGCUAUAUAGAGGGCGCAAGCAGCUCUAAGUAGUGCAGUUGGGCUUUAAGUGGAUAUGUGUGGAUGGGUGAAGUGAAGCAUUUGAACUGCAGUGUGACCAACGACAAAGUUCCAACAGUGACAUAAGCUUCGUUCCCAGUCAAGUUUGUAUUCCAACAGCUUCAUGAGGAAGUUGUCACAAUACCAGAGCAACUUCUGCACCACUUUUCAUCUUGUGGAUAUGGUGAUGGACCCGAACAGUUUAAUAGCUUUUCUGAGUGUUGCAUCUCUUAAGUGGACAUUUGUGGAUGGGUGAAGUGAAGCAUUUGAACUGCAGUGUGACAAACGUCAAAUUUCUGACAGUGACAUAAGCUUGUUUCCCAGUCAAGUUUUUAUUGCAACAGCUUCAUGAGGAAGUUGUCACAAUACCAGAGCAACUGCAGUGUGACCUACUACAAAGUUCUGAUAGUGACAUUAGCUUCGUUCCCAGUAAAGUUUGUAUUGCAACAGCUUCAUGAGGAAGUUGUCAGAAUUCCAGAGCAACUAACAAAGACAUAACACAGACAGUGACUAGGCUUGUUUCCCAAUCAAGUUUGUAUUGCAACAGUUUCAUGAAGAAGUUGUCAGAAUUACCAGAGCGCCUAACACAGACAAAGCUACCACAUUACAUUCCCUUUUUUGUAAGUAAACCAAAUUAAGAUGCAAGUAUUCACA